GUGGGGCUUUGGGGUCGUUCACCUUUACAAUCACAUCUUUGGGGCCGAGCAUGCGACCUUCCCUUCUGUCGCUGUCACAGGAUUCUUGCAUGCACUGCAGUAUUUGCUGCGCAUGAGCGCGGUCUCGAGUGCCAGUCAUGUCCUUUGGAGUUAGCCCCUCGGAUGUGAUCAAGUUGGUGGAAUUCUCUACCCGUAUCUAUAUCGCUUUCAAGGAUGCAAACGACAAUUCCGAGGCCCAGGUCGAGGCUCUCAUCAAGGAGUUCUCGACCUUUCACCACUGCCUCGUCCAGCUUGACGAGUUGAUGAGGGAAUACGGCAAACCAUUACCUUUUCCUUACCUUGAUUUCAAGGAAACACUCCAGAAAUGUCAAACGACCCUCAAGCCCUACGCGGACAAUCUUGUCGACCACAAGAGAAUGACUGUGAAGAAGUUCACCUACACAAUCAGGUAUAUUGGAAAGGAGACAGAGCUUGAUCGGCUUCGAAAGCAAAUCACCGGACACUAUCAAGCGCUGCAGAUGUGCAUAAGCUUCUUGCAAUUACGACUUCACCUAGAAGCCACUAAACAAACCCAGCGGCUCCUCGACUCGGCUCCAUUUCGUUCCAUGAGCUUCGGUGGCCAGAUGUACUCCACUUACGCCCUUGGAAGUGGUUCAGCGGCUAACAGAAAUGCUCUUCCGGCACCUUCUGAAGCCGACCAGCUGUACAAGGACUGGCUUGUCUUCAACCGAUGGCUUCGAAAUGAAGACGAGAGAAUCGCUCGUGAAGGUGAUAAUCUCACGCGACCGCUAUCGUAUGGCGCAACUCCCGCGAUUACUCCGAGUGGGGAUGCUGAGACGGCAGCGGUUCUAUAUCAUCUACGGAGGGAGCUCGAGGAUGCAAUUAUGGUUGAAGAGAACCGAGCGAAGCGAGUGGCGGUUGAAAAGCGGUCCAACCUUUCGCCAAGCGAUGCGAUCCGCCAGGAAGUUAGAGAUAUGCCACAGAUACCCCAGCGAACGUUCACACUUGACAGCGACAUGUCACUAACUGCUUUCGACGGCCGGUCAGUGGCGGAUUCCUCCGCCACAAUCCGACCCACUUCCAUUAUAUCACCUAAUGUCUCUCCCCGAGGCAGUCCGCAAAUUGAGCAAGGGCCAUUCGCUGCGAUAGAUUGGGGAAACCUCUCUUCUGACCCCAGCCGGGCCUCUUCAGUCUCUACCAACCGUAGCAGCUUCAGUGCCACGAGCCCCGACUCCCGCCCAGGUGUCUCAAGUACGAGUACGGUCGGUACAACCCCCGAUGACCGUCCCUUAAGAGCUAAGUUUUCCGUAUCGAGUCUCGCGACCAUAGCUCUGGGAGACGGCGCACUCGAGUGGAAUAAGUUGUGUAGGAAGGUGCAAGUUGAACGUAGCACGAGCAAGACUGUAGAAAGUAGGGAGUGUGAUGUUCAUUGGCGGUACCGAGAGGACCACGGGCUGAGUAUACGGUCGGUGUAUCGCGAUGAGAGGACGAAAAAAGUACAGGUUUGGAUUGCGCAUCAUUUUCCCGCCACUGGUCCUUCUAUCCCACUGAGCACGAGCUAUGCUGAUGGAGACGUAUCGAUUGACUUCCCAAGGAGCUCCUUCGGGCGGCUUGACAAGAGAUGUACAGAUAUCAAGUACACUUUCGGCGACCACGAGUCAUCCAAGAAGCUUCAAACCCUCCUGUAUACGAACAACGGCAAGGACCAAGCGGACUUGCUGUUUGAUCGACCUAUUAUCACAAUAUCGUCAAACAAAAACAAACCCGAGUGUCGUGGAAAGAAUAUUAGGCUUUGGCGACGAAGAGAAAAGCACGAAGAUUUUGACGGGGUUAUCUCAGUAGACGUCCUCGUUCUACUCUUCUAUACUAGCGCUUUACCCCAAGACCAUGCUCACUGGGUCGAGGAACCUCAUUACGGGUUUGAAUGGCUGGACGAUGCGACCUACAAAAAAAACAGCGAGAAGUUACAACUAGUCUUCUCGAAGGACCCUGGGAAGUGGACACGAGACAAACUAUUCAAGAGAAGGAAAAGUUCUAAAGGUUUCGAGGGAGGCGGUGUAGAACUUGGGGCACUGGCUAGGAUGAACACUGCAACCUCUGUUGCAUCAUCCUCGGCGUUCUCUAUAAGAUCAUCGAAAUCAGAGGUAUUUGGAUGUUCGAAUCGCUCCAAUAAUCUCAAUCGAUUCGGGUACUCAGAGCUCAAGAUCGAAUUUCAGAGUAAGAAAGAUCGAAAAGAAUUUGUGGCAGUGUGGAGGCAGUUUUUGAAACCGUUGGGGUUUAUCGAGGGUAACUCAUAA